UUGCAUGCCGCGUGCACGCGCUCACGUACUACGUGCACCCGCACGCCCGCGCGCUUACGUCACGCCGCCGGUGCGGGAGAGUCGGGCGGUGAGGAUGGCGGCGCGGGCCCCAGUCAAAGCAACAACCAGUUUGCUUCAGAAGUUUCAGAAAUGGUACUUUAAUGCUGCAGGAUUUAAUAAGCUGGGUCUUAUGCGAGAUGACACACUGUAUGAAAAUGAUGAUGUGAAGGAGGCGGUGAAAAGGUUGCCUGAGAACCUUUACAAUGACAGAAUGUUCCGCUUAAAGCGAGCUUUAGACUUGAGCAUGAAGCACCAAAUCCUUCCAAAAGAGAUGUGGGUCAAGUAUGAAGAGGAUGAGCGCUACCUUCAACCAUAUCUUAAAGAAGUUAUUUGUGAACGGAAGGAGAAAGAAGAAUGGGAUAAAAAAUAAGUUGGAGUCUUGACAGUGUUUGAUCCCUGUUAUGAAAUUAAAAUGCAUUGAAUUGUGUUGGCCAUUUGCAACAGAAAGGGUAAUAGAUUCCAUUCUUGAAGAAAUAAAUUCCACUGUUAAACUGCAGGAAAGUUUUUUUGUUUGGACACUGAAUUAUUAGUUUAAAACUCAUUCUUUAGUGCUCUUUUGGCCAGCUUAAUCCAUGUGAAUUAUUUAAAAAAUCAAUUACAAAUAAAUAUUGUUCCUCAUUUAUGUGUUUGAUAAGCAGAUUAAAAUAAAUUCAAAAAAUAAAUUCAUAGUACAUUGCA